AUGACCAGACCAAGCGGAGGCACCGGAGCCUCAACGCGUCGACAGGGCUACUCGUCUGUGAACAACGAUAUAUCCGAUGACGAAUCUCUCCUCGUCUCAGAAGAUAGCUUCGAGGACCUUCGUCAUGGAAAGGGGGCUCGCGUCGAGGACUUCUCCAGCGGCUCCGAAGACGAGGACAAUGUGAAGCUGCUACCUGUGUCGAAAGACAAACAAUACGAGGCUGCGUCUUCGAGUCGAACGAAUCUGCCGAUGGAAGAUGUUCCUGAGAAUGACCAGGAUGUGGGGCUACGCAUUGAGCAGGUUCUGGAGCGCGAGCGGAAGAGUAUGCUCGGGGAGUCGUUUGAUACGGAUCUAGAGGAUGGACACUCGAAUCUGGUGCUCAGUGAUGACGAUGAUGAUUAUGGGGUUCCGCUUGUUAAGGGCUCGCGGGGUUCUAGAGAUGAGGGGGGCGUGGUGUUGAGGUCGGGAUUGAGAGGUUUGAUCCCGUUGACGAAAUGGUGGCAUGCUAUUCCUUUGGGACUGGCUGCUAUUGCGGUUAUGUGGCUUGCUAUGCAGGGUCUAUACUGGCUGAGGUCUGAGAGACCCAGAAAGGACUAUGAAUCUGUACCUUGGUAUCCUACCCCGUUGGGAGGUACCGGUGCUGCGUGGAAAGAGAGCUACGAUAAAGCUCAUGAUAUGGUUGAGCGGAUGACGCUGAUCGAGAAGGUCAACGUUACGACUGGAACUGGUUGGCAGAUGGGUCUUUGCGUUGGAAAUACCGGUCCUGCUGCAAUUACUGGAUUCCCAUCGCUCUGUCUUCAAGAUGGCCCCUUGGGUCUACGGUACGCCCAAAAUAUCACCGCAUUCCCUGCGGGCAUCACUACUGGAGCGACCUGGAAUCGCGAGCUCAUGCUUGAGCGCGGAUUGGCUAUGGGACUGGAAGCCCGUAAUAAAGGAGUGAACGUUAUUCUUGGCCCUUCAAUGGGCGCACUGGGCAUGAACCCUGCUGGUGGUCGCAAUUGGGAGUCCUUUGGAUCCGAUCCCGUUCUACAAGCGGUUGCUGCUGCUGAGACCAUUCGUGGUAUUCAGCGCAACGGGGUGAUGGCAACAGCAAAGCAUUUCGUUAUGAACGAACAGGAACACUUCCGCCAGCCGUACGAGUGGGGUAUCCCAACGGCACUGUCAUCGAAUAUUGACGACCGUACUUUGCAUGAGGUGUUCAUUUGGCCGUUCGCCGAGAGUAUCCGAGCUGACGUCGCGAGUGUGAUGUGCGCAUACCAGCAGGUCAACAACAGCCAUGCGUGCGAGAACAGCAAACUCUUGAAUGGAAUUCUCAAAGAUGAGCUUGGCUUCCAGGGAUUCGUGCAGUCGGAUUGGUUGGCUCAACGAUCAGGUGUGCAGAGCGCUCUCAGUGGUCUCGACAUGAGUAUGCCCGGUGAUGGUCUCAAAUGGGCAGAUGGUGAUUCGCUCUGGGGUCCCCAUUUGACCCGCGCAGCAUUGAACACGUCUGUCCCUAUGAAUCGGAUCAACGAUAUGGUCACCCGUAUUGUUGCGGCUUGGUUCCAUUUCCGCCAGGACAACUGGCACCGGCCUCCGCCGGAGAGUGACGGAGGCCCGAACUUCUCUUCGUGGACCACGGAAAAGAUCGGCAGUUUGCACCCCGGCAGCCCUGACGAUCUUAGCAAGGAGGUUGUCAACCACUUUGUUGACGUACAGGGGACGGGAGCUCGGGCCCAUUCCAUUGUGGCCCGUAAGGUGGCUGCAGAGGGUACUGUGCUCUUGAAGAACAUCGAUAACACGCUUCCGUUCGAUCGCAAUGUGUCCAAAUCUGAGAGAAGAUACCGCGUCGGUGUCUAUGGAGAAGAUGCCGGUCCUGGACAGGGCCCCAACGUCUGUCCCGACCGCGGUUGCAAUCAGGGUACUCUAGCUGAGGGCUGGGGCAGUGGGGCGGUCGACUUCCCAUACCUGGUUACCCCCUGGGACGCUUUGCAAACUGCAUGGAACUCAGAGACAGUGGACAUUCGGGGUUACUUGACAAACGCUGUUGCCGAACAGGACGUGGAGGAACAGGAUCUCUGCGUGGUCUUUGCCAACUCCGACGGAGGGGAAGGUUUCAUCAAGAAUGACGGCGUCAAUGGAGACCGCAACGAUUUAUUCCUGCAGAGGAAUGGCGUUGCACUGAUUGAGCGCGUGGCCCGUCGCUGUGGAGGUGGCCAUGGUAAGACGGUCGUCGUGGUGCACUCGAUUGGCCCCGUUGUCCUCGGCCCCUGGAUCGACUUCCCCGGUGUGCAUGCCGUUGUCUACGCCAAUCUUCCUGGACAAGAAAGCGGAAACGCCCUAGCCGACGUACUAUUCGGCGACGUUGAUGCCAGUGGUCGCUUGCCAUACACGAUUGGUCACUCCCUGGAGGACUACGGCCCGGGCGCGCAGGUGCUAUACGAGACUGGUGAUCCCGUUCCCCAAGUCACCUUCCAACAGGGGUUGUAUAUCGACUACCGGUAUUUUGACCGUCACAACAUCACGCCGCGAUACGAGUUCGGCUUCGGUCUUUCUUACACGACUUUCGAAUUUUCCUCGCUCAAGAUCCACCCAGUUCAGGAGAAGUCCCGCCUCCCCAAAUCCCGCCCAAAGGAUGCAGCCGACCCUCCCCACUACGAUGAAGCUCCUGGAAAUCCCAGCGACUCGUUGGUCCCCGCGGGCUUCAAACUCCUCGGAAAAUAUAUCUACCCCUACCUUCUUAGCCACGCCGGGACCAAGCCGGGCUCAUACCCCUACCCAGAAGGCUACAAGACAAAGCGAACGCCAUCGGCAGCAGGCGGCGGUCCCGGUGGUAAUCCAUUCCUCUACGAAGCCAUGCUGGAACUCUCCAUGCAGGUGACCAACACCGGCACACGCACAGGAAAGGAAGUGGUGCAGAUUUACGUCUCCUUCCCAGACGAAGUCGCCGAACACCGCGGUCUCGGCUGGGAUCGUGAGGCAAUCGAUUUCCCCGAGCGCGUUCUCCGGAACUUUUCCAAGAUUGAACUCAGUCCUGGUGAGACCAAGACGGUCAACAUGACAUUGUCGCGCAAGGAUUUGAGUUAUUGGAGCGUGCGUGCCCAAAACUGGGUUCUGCCUACUGAAGGCAAGUUCCGGAUCUGGGCUGGUAAAAGCUCGCGGGACUUGCCGUUGGUGGCUGAAUACUGA